GUGGUAAAGAAGACAUACGUUUUGUUUCCUUUGUUUCAUAAUAUCACUUAAUAUUUAUCUAUUUGUAGUCAUAUAAAAGUAGCUCACACAUACUAUUCUAAAAUGGGACUAUUAGUUAGAUUGUGGAGUUUUGCGUUUGUUUUGCAACUUGUUUUGCCAUUUACCGUGUGUUCCGAAGACUACACAGAGGAUGAUGAGCUAAUCCUGUCCCUGAUUCUCCAAGACGAUACUCAACCAGAACCUGGAACUGAACCGCCUGCAGACUUUUUCAGGUGCAAUAAGGACGCUUGGCGCAUGCCUGGCCAGUAUAUUGUAGUACUGCGUGACGGGACACACGAGUCCCAGGUGGAGCGCACUAAGCGCAGGCUCCGGGCUAAAGCGGCCAAACGCGGAUACCUCAUAGAAGUCCUUCAGACCUUCUCAGGAGCUUUCCAUGGUUUUCUUGUCAAGAUGAGCAGCGACGUCCUUCACCUGGCCUUGAAGCUCCCACACGUAGACUACAUUGAGGAGGACUCCUCCAUCUUUGCUCAGGGAAUUCCCUGGAAUCUGGACCGAAUUGUGCAGACCCAGCAUGCCUCUGGGAAGUACUCUCCACCAAAUGAUGGUGGGCAGGUGGAGGUGUACCUCCUGGACACCAGCAUUCAGAGUAGCCAUCGAGAGAUUGAGGAUCGAGUGCAGGUCACUGACUUCAACAGUGUUCCAGAGGAGGAUGGAGUCCGGGUCCACAGAGAGGCCAGCACAUGCGACAGCCACGGCACCCACACAGCCGGCAUCAUCAACGGGCGCGAUUCGGGCGUGGCGAGGGGGGCCAGCGUGCGCAGCGUGCGUGUGCUGAACUGCCAGGGAAAGGGCACUGUGUCAGGGGCGCUGGCAGGCCUGGAGUACAUCCGUGCAUUGCUGCUGGCCCAGCCCUACAGCCCCCUGAUCGUGCUGCUGCCCUUCGUGGGUGGGUUCAGUCGCAGCCUCAACACCGCCUGCCGGGAGAUGGUGCGUAACGGCGGGGUGCUCAUUGCUGCUGCGGGGAACUACCGUGACGACGCCUGUCUGUACUCACCUGCCUCUGAACCCCAGGUGAUAACGGUCGGCGCCACAAACUUUGCAGACCAACCUCUAAACUUGGGAACGACGGGGACCAACUUCGGGCGCUGCGUCGACCUUUUCGCCCCAGGAGAUGACAUUGUCAGUGCCUCCAGCGACUGUCCGACGUGUUUCACUGCCAAGAGCGGCACUUCACAGGCAGCCGCUCAUGUUGCUGGCAUUGCAGCUGUAAUCCUCAACUCCAACCCCAACCUCACGUCUACAGAGGUCCUGCAGAGACUACUGUGGCACUCUGUCAAACACGCAAUCGACCUCAGCGCCUUCCCAGAGCAGCAGCGCCUGAUCACGCCCAACAUGGUGGCUGCACUGCCUACCUCCAACUCCGCAGGGGAGGAGCUGAUGUGUCGGUCGGUGUGGUCCGAGAGAUCGGGCACCUCGCCCUCUGACACCGCUGUCGCCCGCUGCCAGCCUAGAGAGGAGAUGUUCAGCUGCUCCAGCUUCUCCCCCAGUGGUGUCCAUGCAGGAGAGACCAUACAGGAGCAUGAGGGGAGACAGGAGUGUGUGGCUCACAACGGAGCUGGGAAUCAAGGGGUACAUGCUGUCGCCCGCUGCUGCACUUGGGACAGGGCGCAGUGCCAGGUCACCACCAGCGAGCAGGAGGGCUCAGAGGCGGCGUGUUCCCACCCGGACCACCAUCUCACAGGUUGCAGCUCGCAUUCUGUCUCUGGGGGCGUGGCUGAAUCCACAAGGCCUCUCCAUGGCGACAGGAAGGUGUGCACUGGAAGGGAAGGAGUGAGAUCUCAUGCCACAUGCUGCCAGGUUCCUAACCUGCACUGCAAAGUGAAGGAGCAUGCACCAUCUGGCUUCAGCGAGCAGGUGGAAGUGUCUUGUGAGGAUGGCUGGACUCUGACUGGCUGUAAUGCCCUGUCGCGUGGCUCCGUCACCCAUGGUGCAUACGCCAGGGGAAAUACCUGUCUGGUGAGGAGCUCAGGAGGGGGGAAGGGGGCUGAAGCCUUCGCCAUCUGUUGCCGUAGCAGCCAAGCCCAGGUGCACACAGAGACCAACCACAAAUGAGUCUGUAAGGCAUUAGAGGCCCUCUCCAGAGCCACAACCCUGACCGAACCCUCUGCCCUGGUCUCUGAAGGGCUUGGUAACUGCCACUCAACCCUUCCUUUAUAUUUAGUGAACUGUGUACCAAGUACUGUGUUGCCAGCAAAAUAUUCAGUUUGCUUUGCCAUUAGAAUUAUGUGCAAUUAUGUGUUUGCUUCAUGAUGGUCUGUUGUUAUUCAAGGUGAAAACAGAGACUAAAUAGAGACAGGCAAGGAGAGAUUACUCCGCCUGUCUUGGCAGCUUCCUACUUUCCAUUCUACUUAAUCGCAGCAUGGAUUUAAAACAAAACAUUGUAUACUUAUCCCCUGUCAGAGCCGUCCUUAAGGUAUCAAAGCCACACAGAAAAUACACAAUUCAAGAUAACCAUCAAUCAUAACAUACUUUUGAAUACAUUAUUUUAAUGGCUCUUAACAUGCAGUCUUUUUUUUUUUUUUUACUCAAUCACUUUCGUGUAAGGG